AUGACAGUCACAUAUACAGCACGGGUGGCAAAUGCGCGAUUUGGCGGAUUUUAUAAGCUCCUGUUACUAUGGAGAGGCAGCAUUUACAAGCUAUUGUACAAAGAAUUUCUGGUCUUUUUUCUCAUGUAUCUGGCGCUCAGUAUCACAUACAGGUUCCUACUCAAUGAGAAUCAGAAACGCAGCUUUGAAAGAGUGUCACUUUACUGCAACAACUACGCCAAUCUCAUCCCGGUCUCCUUUGUGCUGGGUUUCUAUGUCACCCUGGUUGUGAACAGGUGGUGGAACCAGUACCUGUGCAUGCCUAUGCCAGACCGCGUCAUGUGUGCCAUCAAUGCUACAGUACACGGUUCGGAUGAGCGGGCGAGGAUGUACCGGCGGACACUCAUGCGUUACUGCAGUCUCUCUGGGUUACUCAUCUUGCGAUCUGUCAGCACCGCAGCCUUUAAGAGGUUCCCAACCAUAGACCAUGUUGUAGAGGCCGGGUUUAUGACUCGUUUUGAACGGAAGAAGUUUGAGAAUCUGCGCUCGUCCUAUAACAAGUACUGGGUUCCAUGUGUUUGGUUCUGCAGUCUGGCCGCUCAAGCCCGGAAUGAGGGGCGAAUUCGCGAUGACCAUGCCUAUAAGAUGCUGAUAGAGGAGUUAAAUGCUUUCCGUGGAAACUGUGGUAUGCUCUUCCACUAUGACUGGAUAAGUGUCCCCCUCGUGUACACCCAGGUGGUAACUAUUGCCGUAUACAGCUAUUUUCUCACCUGUCUAAUUGGGCGUCAGUUUCUGGAUCCGGCCCAGGGGUACCCCGGCCAUGACCUGGACCUCUAUGUCCCUGUCUUCACCCUCCUUCAGUUCUUUUUCUAUGCCGGCUGGCUGAAGGUGGGCGAGCAGCUGAUUAAUCCAUUUGGUGAGGAUGAUGAUGACUUCGAAACCAAUUUCUUAAUUGACCGGAAUUUCCAGGUGUCCAUGUUGGCAGUGGAUGAGAUGUAUGAUGAUGUUCCUGUUUUGGUGAAGGAUCGAUACUGGAAUGAUUCAGAACCUCGUCCACCAUACACAGCUGCUACCUUAUUCCAGAAGUACCUACCAUCCUUCCAGGGAUCUACAUUUGACAUGGCGCUCGCCAAGGAGGACAUGCAGUUCCAACAGCUCUCAGAUAUAGAAGAAUUGAACGAAGAGACUUUAUCCUCUCAAUUUCCAUUGCUGAGCCGCCUCUUGCAAGGUGUUGGGGCUUCUCCGCUGGCCUCGUCUGCUGCUCUCAGUGCAGCAUUUAUACCACCUGGCAGUCGCUCAUCGCUGAUCAAAAGGUCCACCAACAAUGUGUCAGGAUCUUAUAAUAGCUUGUACCAAGAGAACCCUCAGGAUCUGCCACUCCCAGAGCCACUGGCACAAGCCGAUGAAGAACAACCCAGCACCCCAAUGUUUUAUACUGAAUCCCAGACAUUCUUUGCUCCUUCUAAAGAGGCUGUUCCUUCAUUGGUAGACUGCAUCCAAACCUCCCAAGAUGGGGAAACAACUGCUUGA